AUGAACACCGAGAUCAACAAACAAAUCAUUGUUGUGGAUCGUCUGCUGAGAUACCGUUGUUAUCGUUGGAUCAUUACUGGGACAGCAUGUGUUGUGAUCAGCCUUUUAGUAGCAGCUGUGAUAGCAUUGCGUAUCUGUGCUUUUCAGAGAAGACAAUACACCGAGACUUUUGACAAAUCUGUUGACCCUCAGGAGACCAGCAAUGGCACAGAAAUUAAGCACAGGAUGGAGAGCGUUGUCUCUCGCUUGCAGACAUUUUUGUGUAAACAAGUCCUAGUUAACUCAACAGAGAGUUUCAGAUGCCACGUGUGUCCUAGAAACUGGUCUUAUCACGAUGGCAAAUGCUACUGGAUUUCCAAAGAACUGGGGACCUGGGACAAAAGCCAAGAAGACUGCAGAGCCAGAGGGGCUCAAAUGCUGGUGCUGAAGGAACGGGAAGAAAUGAGUUUUAUCCAGAGCAUUUCUGAUGAAACACAGUCACUAUGGAUUGGGUUGAUAGGAAUGUUUCCAGCAAGAAAGUGGAUGUGGGUUGAUGAUUCCCCAUUGAAUGAAAAACUGCUGCAAGAAUUGGGGCCCUUUUUAGGAAACAGCUGCGGGAUGCUGAUGGGGCCAAAGAUUGCUGCUGAAGCCUGCUCUACUCUCUCCAUGUGGAUUUGCCAGACAGAAGCUUUGGAUGUAAAUACUUUGGCUUGA